UAGCAGUGUGAGCGCAACAUCAACAGGCCACUGAAACUCUUGAACCAACCAUGAAAUUCGAUGACUAUGAGAAUAUGAACGACAGUUUUUUAACUGACUUUAAUUACACACUGCCUGUGUUUCCUACUGAUAAUUUCACCCCUGAGAUCCAACCGGUCCAGAUAGUGGCUCUGGUCUUCUAUGGGCUUGUGUUCUUGCUGGGUGUUCCUGGAAAUGCUCUGGUGGUGUGGGUGACAGGCUUCUGCAUGCAACGCUCUGUCACUUCCCUAUGGUUCCUCAACCUCGCCCUGGCCGAUCUUCUGUGCUGCCUCUCUAUCCCUCUGCUCAUGGUCCCUUUAACCCACGAUGAUCACUGGCACUUUGGCCCGCUGGCCUGCACACUGGUAAAGGGUAUGUUUUACCUGGUGAUGUACUGCAGUGUCCUGCAGCUGGUUAUGAUCAGCGUGGAUCGCUGGUUGAUGGUCAGCAGACCCGUUUGGUGCCAGAACAACAGACGACCAAAGCAGGCUGCCUGUGGGUGUGUUGCUGUGUGGUGCCUGGCUCUGAUAGGCAGCAUCCCCCAGUUUGUCUACACCAAGGAGAUCGAAGCAGGUGAAGACAAGCGAGAGUGCCUGACGGUGAACACUGAAUUCAGUGCUUGGGUGGUCACCUCCUUCCGCUUCUUCCUGGGAUUCUUACUCCCUUUCCUGGUUAUUGUAACCUGUCACUGGGUGGUGUACAGGAGAGCAGAGCAUGGACUGUCACGUGGUCGGACCCGUUCUAAGAGAACAUUGAGGGUCAUCGCCGCCGUGGUACUGAGCUUCUUCUUGUGCUGGCUACCUCUCCACAUUAUAGACUUCCUCCUUUUGAUUUUCCGUCGACAUUCCGAUCACAGCCCAAAUAUUUACCUGGCACACAUUUUAGCACUCUGCCUGGCGUAUUUCAACAGCUGCCUCAACCCACUGCUGUAUGUGUGUCUGGGCCGAGGCUUUAAAGACAGUAUGAACCGCUCUCUGCGCAACAUGCUCCACUUCAUCAGCGAGGACCCUACGACCAGGAUGAGCAUCGCCACCACUGAUACAAAGAGCUCCAGCAAUGGAAAGGAAAUGACAAAAAUCUGAUCAUGUAUUGGCUUUGUCUUCACUAUUCUCACAUUACUCCUGUCAUUCAAGCUGAUGUUAGGAAGUGCUGCUUAACAGGAGUGAACUCUCCUUACUCUCUUCUCUGAGCUUGGAUAACCACUGGGUUUCACCAUAAACCAUCAGUGUUUUUACAAUUAAUCCUGUGUAAAUCAUUUUAAGAUGGUCCACCAUAAGGAAUGUAAAUAAAAAUGUAAGUAAGUCUUCAACAUCUGAUUAAACGGAAUUUAUGUUUUAUAAUUAGUUAAAAUUAUCUUGUGAGUUUUGAAGAUGUAAAAUCAGCUUAGCUCACUCAACUAAACUAAAGUUCAAUAAACCUAAGACAUUAAGCUGAAUCAAUAACUGUUCAGUCACACUCACAAUUAUUAAUGUCAGGUUUGUACAGUUAGUACAAAGAUAACGUGUGAGGCUGCUCCCAGUGAUUCUGUUCAAAUCUAAGUGUACUGGACUAGGGACUAAAUUUCAAACCAACCUUCAUCAUUAUUUUUAUUAUCAUCAAAAGAAACAACCAGGACUUAUCCUAACAUGUAUUACAGACACAGCAAGUUUCUAUCAUGUAUGCUUUCUUCAUAAUACAAAAAAGAGGGGUAUCAGGAGUGAUUUAACACUCAAACAAUGCAUGCUAGGAGGUCUGCUAAUAUGAUAUAAAAGAAGUUCAUCCAUUCAAUUCAUCAUUUCAAGUUAAACAACUUAAAGUUUGAAGAACUAAUGUGCACAUGUUCUGAGGUGGUCUGAAAUAAAAACUAGUAAUUUUAAGUUGAAAUAACAAAUAAUAAAUAUAAUUAAUAAACUUGUAUAUUUUA